AUGCGCCUGUUGGCUGUACUACAGUACUCUACUGUUAUGCGUAGACCUGUAGGCUGCGUCUGUGGCGGAGAGGAGCGAGCCAGGGCGAAUGCGCAAUUCGGCGUUUUGCAAUGGAUUGCGGGCAGCGGGAAGGUGCGUGAGAUGUAUAGAAUAGAGUCUAGCAGCGAAGCCCUGCAGCGAAGCCGAGCGGGCCCCCAAGCAUGCAUGGUACUGACUGUGGCACCGUGGCACUGUGGUACUGUGUUGCCACUGGGUAAGAAGCCCAUCAAGGAAGAGCCACAACAGGCCAUCAAGGAAGAGCCACAACAGGCCAUCAGGGAAGAGCCACAACAGGCCAUCAAGGAAGAGCCACAACAGACCCACUACGUGGGACUCGCGGAAGCAUACCGAGAAGAAACAGCCGUUGCAGGCUGGGACAGAACCAUUAUCCAUCAUCUUGUUGGAACAUGGAAGCGUGAAGACCCUUGGGGCCUGCAAGUGGAAACCGGCACUGAGGCAGUCCGUGAGGCUCCAUCGUGCCACCACGCUCGGACACAAAGACAAGUCCCUACUGUCUACCUGACUCUUUCUCUCUCCCUCAAUGGUAGCAGCUAUACAGGUGAUGGUGGCCUCUUGCCAAACGGCACACUCUCUACCCGCGAUGGGUGGGAUAGGCAUUGCGCCAUCCAGGAUGCUGGUAUUGUGUGGUGUGGGUUUUGUGACUUGAAUCUUGCGGGCUGCAGAAGCGGGCUGGUCUUGGUCGCUGGCACAUUGCAUGCCUCAAUGGCCCCUUCACCCCCGCCUAGCGCCAAGGCUCAGCCAUCCAAUCACAACUGCGCUACACCACAUCCAUGCAAGUGA